UUGAUAUAUGGAUGAGUUUAAAUUUCAGUAACUAUUACGCUUGUGUAUAACAUUAGCAAGUGGAAGGCAAAGAUGAAGUUUGAGCACCUGCUCUCGGAUAUCAAUGGAUUUGGACGAUUCCAGAUUAUAAUCGUUAGUAUAAGUUUUAUUGCCCGAUUCACCUUGCCAUGUCACUUUAUGCUGGGUAACUUCAUAGCAGCCGUGCCUGCUCAUCACUGUGACUUCAGUGUUCUGGACGAUGCGGGAGUCAUUAGGAAUCUGACCCAGGAGCAGAGACUGACUGUCAGUGUUCCUGUACAGGAAGACGGGACUCCAAGCUCCUGUAAGAUGUUCCUAGAGCCCCAGUUCCACCUCCUGAUCAACCCCAAUGACAGUGACCUUUUUAUAGUUCCCUGUCAGAAUGGAUGGGUAUACGACAACAGUACUUUCAAAUCCACUAUUGCUACAGAGUGGGACUUGGUUUGUGACCAGAAAUGGCAAAAUAAGGCAACAGCCACCAUCUUCUUCAUUGGUGUGAUGUUCGGAGCCAUGACCUUUGGGAGUUUGAGUGACAGAUACGGUAGGAAGAUCAUGCUCCUGGUUUCUUAUAUCUUCGGCAUGCUGUUUGGUAUUGCCAGUGCUUUCUCCACCUCCUUCAUCAUGUUCACUGUGCUCAGGUUUUUCACUGGGUUCAGCAUCACUGGCAUUGUCAUCGUCUCAUCAGUACUGAGUGUUGAGUGGGUGGACAUUGAGCACAGGAAGUUGGUGGGAGUACUUGACAGCCUGUCCUGGACAUUUGGUAAUGCCAUGAUUCCAGCCAUAGCAUACUACGUGACCGACUGGAGAUGGCUGACCGUAGCGGUCACCUCGCCUCUCGCCCUGGCAAUUCUCACCUGGAGGUGGAUUCCUGAGUCAGCCAGGUGGCUCAUAGCCAAUGGGAAGUUUGAGAAAGCCAGCUUUUAUAUGCAACAAUGUGCCCAGAUGAACAAGAAGGAGGACUUUGCAGGACAAAUGACACCAGAGACACUUUCCAGUAUCAUUGUAAAGGAGAGAAAAGACAGAACUUACUCCUACCUGGACCUGGUCAGAACCCCAAAGAUGAGGAGACUGGCUCUCCUCACAGGGAUAGUGUGGUAUGGUGUGGCUUCAACAUAUUAUGGCAUUAGCUUCAACAUCACUGGAUUUGGGCUCAACAUCUAUCUAACCCAGUUUGUAUAUGGUGCCAUAGAGCUGCCAGCCAAACUGUCAGUAUAUUACCUACUGGAUAAAGUGGGCAGGAGAAACACUGAGGUGGCCUCUCUGCUGGGUGCUGGAGUCUGCCUCGGUAUCAACAUCUUCAUACCUCGAGGAAUGUCUGUUUUCAGGACGUCCGUGGCGGUGCUGGGGAAGGGUUGCGCGUCAGCAGCCUUCACAACCGUUGUGUUGUACUGCUCAGAGCUGUUCCCUACUGUGGUCAGGCAGAACGGCAUGGGCUACAACUCAUCCAUGGGCCGUCUGGGUGUGUCCCUGGCCCCUCUGAUCCUGCUCCUGGACGAGGUGUGGAGAGACCUUCCCCAGGUCCUCCUCUGCUCUAUAGCCCUGCUGGCUGCACUGGUGGCCUGGAUGCUGCCGGAGACACAGGGCCGCUGUCUACCAGAGACCAUCCAGGAUAUUGAGGAUGAGCCGGCAGGGAAAUGUUUGGCUGAAUCCAGAGUUGUGGACACAACAGAAAUCCCUCUCAAAUCAAAGGACAACAAUGAGGUGGCAAAGACAUACUAAGACAUUGUAUUUGUGUAUAUAGGCCUAAAUGUGCAUUUGU